AUGAAUGGAGCGCCCAUGAGCUUCAGCUCGGAGCCACCUGCACCGGCCCAGGCCGGAGAGCUGGACAUGGCUGGGUUCUGCGAAGGUCUGGGCGCCUGCUCGGUCCAGCACGGCCUGGCACGGGCCGUCGCGCACCCCCCGGGCUACAGCCGGGCCGAUCUGGGCUCUUGCAGGCGCCUGUGGGUGAACUCCGCGGCACUUAAUCCAGCGCCCUACGCCGCGGGCUCAGCACCAUCCUACACCGCAGCGGCCCUCGCCGCCCCCGGUUCACUCCUCGGCGCUGCAGGCGGCCUGGCGGGCGCCGAUCUCGCGUGGCUGAGCCUGUCCGGACAGCAGGAGCUGCUGAGGCUGGUACGGCCGCCCUACUCUUACUCCGCGCUCAUCGCCAUGGCCAUCCAGAGCGCGCCGCUGCGCAGGCUGACGCUCAGCCAGAUCUACCAGUACGUGGCCGGCAACUUCCCCUUCUACAAGCGCAGCAAGGCAGGCUGGCAGAACUCCAUCCGCCACAACCUGUCGCUCAAUGAUUGCUUCAAGAAGGUGCCGCGAGAUGAGAACGACCCAGGUAAAGGCAAUUACUGGACGCUGGACCCAAACUGCGAGAAGAUGUUUGACAAUGGGAACUUCCGAAGGAAGAGGAGGAGGAGAGGGGAGACGAGCGAGGCCACUGCGCCACCAGGAGCCGUCAGCCCAGAGGGAGUCCCACUGGAGCACCGUGUCUUGGCAUCCCAGGACCUGCAGACCUCGCCAUCCCCGCCUGCACCCGACGCCGCUGCUUGCCUCUCUGGCUUCUCCGCAGCCGUUGGCACCCUGGCUGGCGGCUUUGGCACCAUCCCCAAUGGCCUGGCCCGUGACUUUUCUAUGAGAAGGCCACCAGCCGCAGCUGCCCACAGUCCUCAAAUUCCUAACACCGCGCAGGGCUUCUCCUCUGGCCAUCAGACAGGGGCUACCAGCUCUAGGGUGGGUCACCUUGUCUACAGCCAGGAAGGGACAGAAGUUUGAAGAAAGGCUAGACACCAGCUGGAUGCUCUGUUCCAGCAUUGAGCUCAGGCCCUGAAUCAAUUCCUCCUGGGGCCCCCACAGGUCCUACACAAGCAAUGGCAGAGCUCCUGUGUUGAGCUGAGCUGAGCUUUGCUGUGUACUCCCUCCCCCAGGGGAAAUACCAUUCUUCCGCUGCUUCUAGGGCUCUACCUAUAUAUGGGCUCUCUGACAGAGAACUCCGGAGAGCUGCUUUAAAGGGGUGAUGGGUUCCUAAAGAAGCCUGGAGAUCUCUACUCUCCAGGGAGGUGUCUUGGAGCUGGUCAGAGGAGGGGAGGAAGCUGGGCAAGAGCAUCCAGAGAGCCUGUCUGUGGCUGGCUUCCACCUCUGGCCCAUUUGUUUUAGGGCAGCUAGGGAAUGGUGUGGGGGUGCAGGAACCCGAGAUGAAGACAGGGUGCUUCCUUCCACCCCCGUGAGAUUGCACACUGAGGGGAGUCCAGGACUCUUAGGCUUAGGCCUCACAGAAAGAGGAACUGAAAAAAUCUGAGAGGUUGUGGGGAAAUGUUUAAGCAGAGAGGGGGUCCCUGGAGACACCAGCUCCCUCCCCUGUCACUCUGCUCCUGGAAUUACUAGUGCCCCUGUUACAGAACCUCACUGUCCCCAGACCACAUUGCAGCUGGCACCUAGGAAUCCCUGGACAGCUUUGGGUUUGUUGUAUCUGCCUGCUCCCCCCCCCCCAUGACUGCACACACUCACUAAAGCUCACCUGAGGUAGGUGGUGGCCACACCUGUUUUUUGUUUCUCUCUGAUCUGCCUCCUCCCCCUGCUGGGGCUGCCCCAGGCAAGCAGAAUCCUGAAAACUACCUCCCUUGUAAAUUUAACGCUCCACUCUUCCCAGUUCUGUUUAUAUUUACAGUGACUAGCAAGGAGCUCGAAAUCAGUAAGAAAUGGAAUUUAGACAUCUGUGCUUUCUGGAGCUCCUGGAGGCCCCAGCUAGCUCUCAUGAGUAUUUCUGUCAUCUGGCAUCCUCUAGGGACAUACCACUCCAGGAUAGGUAGGAGAGAUGCUUCCCAUGGAGGAGAGCAGAGAGGAAAGACUCUUUUUUUUUUUAAUUUUUAUUUUUUCUUAUCAGUUACAUUUUAUUAACUCUGUAUCCCAGCUGUAUCCCGCUCCCUCAUUCCCUCCCACUCCCACCCUCCCUCCCUCCUCUCCACCCUGCCCCUUUCCAAGUCCACUGAUAGGGGGUGACUUCCUCCCCAUUCAUCUGAUCCUGUUUUAUCAGGUAUCUUCAGGACUGGCUGCAAAGUCCGAGGGAGGACUCCUAAUUCCGAUCAAGCUGGUCCUUUAGCAAGGCCAUUCCCACUUGCACCAAUAUGGCAGGUUUGCCUUGCUCCAUCUGAAAUCUACCUGCUUGGCUAAGGCUGCCACUGUUCUGAAAAUGAAGGCAGAGAUCCAUUGAACCUGCAUUGUGCCUUUCAGUUUGCCUGGAGAGGGGAUGGGAAGUAGGAGCCCUGGCUCCUGGUUGCUGGGUGCUGUUCCUACCUGGUGAGCUGUGGUAACUGCCAUGAGCAGUUGCUGCCAUGAGCAGGUGAUCUGUGCGCUAGCUGAGUGACCAUGGCAUUGCUUAAUCAAGCUUACAGUCAACCCACACUCUCUCCAAAUGUAAUGCAAUUUUUAAGGUUCAAGGGAAAAUAUAUCAUUUAGAAUGUAAAUAAAGGGGCUUUGGGUUUGGAGACCUAUUUUAAUAGAACAUCACGCUAAAAAAGGAGUAUCUCACUUCACACUUUUAUGUCUGCAGGAAAAUUGAAAAGAAAAAAAUUAACUAACUAUGACAAGAAGAAAUACCGUACAACUUGCAUCAGGGCUUCCACAAAAUUGGAUAACAUACACAUUCAGCCAAGGGGGGUCACAUCUGUGUGGAGGCUGCUGGCCAUAGGAAGUUGUGUUUGUGUUUAUUAUUAUUAUUAUUUUGCUUUCGAUGCUGAUUUUCUAUUAAA